CGUUGCGCGCAUCACUCAUGUCAUGGAAACUUUGACAACUGUAAAAGGUUUUUCAAUUUUCAUGGCAUGGUGAAUUUAAAAGCGCUAAUUCCGAAAAGACUAAAAUAACAAACCGCUUGCUUAAGGUUAACAGUGUCCCAAAUCCCAGUGUUUACCUACUUUAAGGUCGGGCAUUUAACGUUGAACUAGGCGUAGAAUUCGUGCAGUGUUUUGAGGUUAUCCAAGUUUAAAUUGAAAUGCUCAAUUCGAAGGAAGUGGCAAAGUCUCAAAUGGAAUCAAACAGGAGCUAUUUACACGACCGCUUUUCACUAGUACCUAAAGGGACAUCAACACCAGUAAACUCGCACGGUUUUGCUAGCCAAACUCAACUCUCACCAGCAGCGUCAGCGAAGCAAGGAACUCCUAGAAGAUACUCACUAUCAGCACUUUCAACACCUUCAACUAGCCGCUCAACCCCGAGAUACCAACAGUGCCAAGGCCCCUUGCUAACGUCAUUAAACUACAAAGACAAUGUUAGUAUGUAUGAAGAAACAAAAAGUUGCGGCCUGGCCAAACGCAUUGUCCUCUAUAAUGAAGAGGCAGAGGAAGAGCGACGAGUAACUCACCAGCAAAGAUAUAACGGCCUUGGCCUGUUUCCUGUAGUGCAUUUGUUCAAGCAACAGUCGCCCGUCUUGGGCCCGUCCUUAAAGAGGGUGAAAGUGAAAUUGUCGAGUCCAGAAUAUUUAAGAUUGUGUCCUCCCGAAGAAAAACGUAAACUACUGAAAGACAUGACUAAACCUCAACCAGCCUUUAAGAGACAAAUCAGUCUCCCCUCGCAUAGUUCAACCCCCGAUAUAGGCACUAAAAGCGUUUUGGACGCUUUGAAGGAGAUUUCGCGCAAGCGAAUUCAUUCAGAAGAGGAACACGAUUUUCCUGAAGAAUGGGGCAAGCGAAUGAAAACCCAUAUACCAAACGGAGCUGCAACUCCAACUUCAAAAAGAGCUCGUGCUGACUCUCCUUUAGAAGAAUCACCGACCAGUCCCACAUUGAGACAGACAAAGAAGAAAAUAUGCGUCUAUGACGAGUUCACUGCCUCAAAAUCCUCUUCAGAUUUGUCUACACUUUUGAAUUUUGAACCUCCGAGAAUCAAAAGGAAAACUAUUAGCACCUCUACAGAGUCCUUGAUCGCACCCAAACAUGUUAAGUUGGUGAACGUUGAAACACAAACAAUAAUCCCAGUGAGUGAAAGUAAACCAGAACCCCCGGCGCCUGUUUCGGUUCAAGAAGAUAGCAGGACUAAACACGCAAAUAGUUCUAUUAAAGUAUUUGAUGACGCACGUCUGGACCGAAUUAGGAAAAGUAGACUAGCAGCCUUGAUGGGCAAUUUGGCUGGCAAAGACGCUGCCUUGCCGUUAAAGCAACUUGUCGAAGAUGAACAGACUAGUCAAACUGUAGAACAAGAUAAGCCGAAAACUACUGAAAAUACAACACCGGCUGCACCCAAAGCUCCCUUGGUAUCAAGUUUAGCACCAGCUACACGUUCAUCCAGCCCUUUGCCAGUUAAACAGGAUAGACAUGUCCACUUUAACGUGCCAGCACCCAUCACUUCACAAGCUGAGCCUCUCUCAGUGCCAACAUCCAUUACACCUGCUGCUGUUGGUCCAGCAAAAACUCCAACUUCAAGUCAACCGACCUUUUCAAUUAAUUUUGCUGAUUCUAAGGCGAAAGCCGACCUUCCAGCUUCUUCCUCCGCAUUCGCCAGCCCAGUUUCCACCAAGGUUCCAACAGAGUCGCUCAAUGCAAGCACGCCGCUUGCACUCUCAUUCAGUAAACCGUCAUUAUCUACUUCAAAUGCUUCUGAAAAACUUCCGAGUACACCACCAGUGAUCAGUAAGAAGACCUCACCAUCUAAGCCCGGAGGAUUUAAAUUCGAUUUGAAGGCUCCGGCUGCAACGCCGCCGACCACAAGCCAAAAUAGCCUGGCACUUCCUUCUGCUGACAGUUUUAUCUUCAACAAGCCAGAGCAAAAAGCUUUGUCCUUUGGCAACGAGGCGCAAAGUAAUGCUGGGUUUGGCUUGGCAACAGCAACCAACAGUUUCAACACUGCACCAGCUCCAAUCACUCCUGCAUUUAAUUUCGGAACAUCCACCAACGACCUUAAGUUUGGAAACUUUGCAUCCAAAAGUCCAGCAGCAGGAUCUGUGCCAACGACUUCAGACUCUGAUGGCCAACGAUUAUCCUUUGCAGCCCCGGCUGCCGCUCAGAACUCCGUCAAGCUAGUGCCAAGCACUGGAUUUGGAGGGAGCGUUCCAGCUUCCACUGCGCCUUUAUUUGGAGCCAAUCAGACCAGUGGUUUUGGAGCCCCAACAGUUUCUUCAACAGCCAAUUCCUCCAAGUUCGGUUUCGGUAGUAACCAAACCUCAAACGCAUUCCCCAGUGCAACAAGUGUUGUGUCUUUUGGCACCACCACGCCUGCAUCAACGUUUGGAAACGUUGAUGCUACUAAUUUUGGUGCCCCUGCAACUACUUUGGUUAGUUUUGGUGCCAGCAGCGUUCCCCCUUCAGCCUCUUUUGGCGCGCCAAGCACAACUCACCCAUCUAAUGCUUUCGGCGUUGCAAAUACACUAUCUACUUCUAAAUCCUUCGGUGCGCCCAGCGCAACUCUAGCAUCUAAUGCUUUCGGCGUGCCAAAUAAAACAUCUGCUUUAAGUCCCUUCGGUGCGCCCAGCGCAACUGCUGCUGCAAGUGCUUUCGCCACUCCAACUACAACAGCUGCAGGCUUCGGUGCGUCCAGCUUUAACAUGCCAACCUUUUCAACAAGUCAAUCGGCGUUUGGAGCACCUAAAUUAACCCCUUCUGUGACGGCGUUUGGCGAUGUCACGCUCGCAGUUUCUCCAGCUCUGAACUCUUCCAACAUGCUUGGUAAAACCACACAAGCGCCGAUGUUUGGAAGCGGCACCAACAGCGCUUUUGGGGCGCCUGUGCAGCCGUCGUCGUCUGUGUUUGGCGCUGCUGCGACAAAGUCUUCAAAUCCUCCACCUCCUUAUGGAACCAGUGUAUUCAGCGCUCAAUCUGGAACGUCUGCGCCAGCAUUCAAGGCGAAUUCCACGCCGGCUUUCAGUUUUGGGGCCAAUAAAACAGAAAAUGCUUUUGGGGCUUCUACAACAACGACGCCAAGCGUGUUUGGGGCGCCCACCUCGUUCACUUCCACUAGUGGUUUUGGAUCUGGGGCUCCGACCUUUGGAACCACCACCACACCGAGUACCUUCGGAGCUGCGCCUGCCCCUAGUUUUGGUCAAACCGAUAACAAGCCUGCGUUCACUUUUGGAGGAGCUGACGCUAAACCGAGUUCUAUCUUUGGGUCGGGCAGUGCCAACUCCUUUGGCAAACCAGCAAAUACGGCCAGCACUGGAUUCGGUUCCACUGGCAGCAAUGUUUUUGGUUCCUCAAACCCGGCUAGCACUGUGAACACUCAACAACCAGCUGGAGGUUUUAACUUCGGCUCAAAUGCUUUACCCACGUCGACUCCAUUUGCAUUUGGUCCUAGAGGCAGCACUGAACCAGCAAAGCCUUCAUUCAGCUUUACAGGUCAGAGUCCAGCCACUUUCGGAUCUUCGAGUGUACAGGCGCCUCCCUUCGGAGGGGCAGCGUCCACGCCAAAUUUUUCAGUAGUAGGUGCCGCCCCACAACAGCCUGGUGUGUUCAAUAUUGGCACCGGAUCGGGUGUAAAACAGCGAGCGCAGCUUAGAGCAAAGCGAAGGACUUAGAAGCAUUAAAUGUAAUUAUGUUUGCUUGUUUUAAGAAAUUCUUUAAUUUUUUUUGGAAAACAUCUUAAUUUGUUCGUCAAUUCGAAAUAGCAAACGUUGAAAAUGUGAAAGUCAGAUGCGAAUGAUAGAUGUAUUUAUCGUUAUGGGAUGUAAGCAUGAUCUAUUUGGCAAUGUGUGAUGUGUCUGUUUUAACUAAUCAAUUGUGAUAAUAUGUAAGCAAGAUUACAUAUAUUUUUUUACUUCAAAUCAUGCUUGCUGAGGCAUAACUAGGAAAUUUGUUAUAUUAUUCAUUGUAAAACUUGGCAUUAUAAAUGGCUCAUUCUUUACAGUGCACAGUCAUCAGUUUACUUGUUAUUUUAAACCCUUAUUUCUUUAAGAGUAAGCAAGUUAAUAAAUAUUGCAUUAUUGCUCUUAAACUGUU